AUGGCCUACAACGCCGUCGCCCAAGUGGACGAGGUCGCCUCUCACUCCGGCUCCGACCUGUCGCGCAGCCCAUCGCCCUCACAUGGACCUUUCCAACAACUACGCGAUGCCGAUCACCUCGAUGGUGGAAGCCAUCUGGAGUCCGCCAAAACGUCCGACAAGGCUGGUUUAGAUCUAGCCUCGAUGAUCCGCUCGAUGACCUCAACCAGCUACGAUGUAGUCGAAGAUGAUGACUACGAUGCCGAUCCUUCCCACGAUCAGCGAUCCAGCAGCUCCCGCGCUAUCCCUCCGCUCAAUACAGCUGUCGCGCAACAUUCCUCCCCCGAUCCCCCCCUUGCACAGCGCCUCCAGCGACAUCCCUCUCCCUCUUAG